AUGAGCAACGGGUAUGGUGUUCAAGUGAGUUAGAAUUUGAUAAAAAUACAAAAAAUUAGUCAUCAUCACCGUUCUCGUUCACUGUACACACACACACACACGCGCCCCUCCUGUAUGCAAUGUUUUUCUUUCGCUUUUUAGAUUUGAACAGAAAAAGUGACGUGUAAGGCGUGAAAAAGUUCCAAAGUUUAUAGUGAAACUCGAUCCGCCCACUACUACGUAUGGCUUUUAGUGACGAUUGAAAACGCUCGUGCCCACUAAAAUGUAACUAUAAAGUGACUAUGUCGGGCGAGGAGUGGUUGAAAGCGAGAUUUUGUACACAUUCAGACGGAGAAAAAAGAGGGUCUCGCGGCGAUAGUUUAAAAAAGAAACCCUCUCGAGAUUUUGAUACAGUAACCUCUGUGUCUUUGGAAAGUCAACAAAAUGCCUGUUGGCACAGCAAACAGAACUCAUGUGUCUUUUGACGCGAUGAAGAGGGCGAUUUGUGUCUGCAAAAGUACCAAAUUAAUAAGAAUGAUGGAAUUUCAGGCGGCCAGUGAGACUACGAUCAGCGACUCGAGCGCCGACGCUUCGACGUUCGCCAAACCGAUCGGACAAGUGGCCGGAGCGGACUUCACCAAGCAGAGCUGUACGUGUUCUCUCUUUCGAUCCCCAUUCUGGCAGUCUAUGCUUUGUUUCCUGCGCGGACAGUGAAAGUGAUCCGUUGUUAUCUUUUCACCCUUAACAGCCAUCCCGCCGUCAUCCCCCCACAUCCAGCUGGGCUGAUUGGACUGCCUUGCAAUGGCAUAAAGUGGGCAGGAAUGAUAAAAUGGAUGAUAAAAUCAUCCACUCUUGUUUUUCCAUCCCGAAUUCUCGAUCUUCGAGAAAUUGGAAAAUUCCUCAUUGGAAAUACGAGAUUGUGUGUGUGUGUGCGAGAACGUUAUGAGACACGAAUUAUGCCGAUUUUUAAUUGGAAACCGAUGAAAAAACGAAUUUCAAUUUCCCAAUUUCCCAAUUUUCGCGUCGACCCAACCCACCUAUAUACGAGAUCUCUGAAUUCCGAAUUUUAAAGUGCCAUUCCAUUUUGUCCAGAUGUUGUGUUCGGCGACACCCUCGCCUCACCACAUGUAUUCUUUGAAUUUCCGUCCGUCCACGUGACCUUGUUCGAUACCCGCUCGUCGGUGUUUGUGCUGAUGUUCUCCUCCGUUCUAGUACACAAACAUACGAAUGCCACCUGUUUUCGAGGUAGUCAAAUCCACAGAAAUGUCCCUUUUUCGUGUCGAAAUGCGCACAUGAGUCAUGGAUCACAUGAUUUGGCAAUUCAUUGGCAGCCAGUACCCUCGGAAAUUGAAAAUUCAACACUCUUUUUCAUUUUUCUCGCCCGCUUAAAGGAAGUUCAUCAUUGGGGUUUUAAUAAAGGAAACCAGCGACCGGGCACACAAUAUUCCCCCCUCAAUUCGUUUCCUUUCAAUAAGCACUAUUGGCCCCCGGUCCUUUUCAUUGCGAUCUUUGAUUGUCUGCGAACGAAAUCAAACUCUCUUUUUUCCGCAAUUUCACUUCACUUGCCCACUUUUUCGACACGAAAAGGGAAAAAGGAACACGGACUUUCCUCGCCCACUUCCUCCCGUUUCCUUCCGUCGCACGCGGGUCACAUGUCUGUUCAGGAGGAACAACAUCUGGCACUCAGAUACAUUUCGAAACGCUGAUCUCGAAAUCAUGCUUCUCGCCCAAUGAUUUCACUCUUUUGGCUCAUCAACUGCGAAAAACGGCGUCGAAAGGUGACAAGUGUCUCUCCGCAGACACCCUCCCGCUGACAGCUGUUGCUUCUGAUGCUUCAGAGGACUGCAGCCAGCCUAUCAGUAGCCUCGAAACGCUUGACAUCGUUUUUCUGCUCCCCUCGCUCUUUUCACGAUAGCCUCUUUUCUCGUGCGGUAAUUUAUCACCGGCACAACUGACUUCAAAGCUUUUUCGCUAUUUUCACUUAAGUGCAAAUGUGCUCAGAGAGUCUGAAAUGAUUUCAUUAGUGUAACCAGCGAGCACUACGAUUCAUACCUAACAGAUCUUUGUCUCUUCGUUUCUUGCAUGUCAACGGAACUUUGAUUCAUGGGCAUUCUCUCCUUAGCACCUCUUUCUGUUCCGUGUCUGCCCCUUCCCCCUUCAACUUCUCUUUUCUUUGCUAUCCUUUUCUGUCAAACGAAAGCUCUUGGAGACCUUUUUCUCCCAAAAGGUUUCUCUAAUUCGAUCACCUUUCCCUAUUCGCCUGACGGUCUUUGUUUCCUUGUUGAGUAAUUGAGAACAAGUCUGUACCAGUUUGUGCUCCCAAACCCGGACACUUCGAGGCUGUGCCGAUGAAGAACGACUUCCUUCCGAUUCUGAAGCAGACGAAGACGUUGAAGGUUUUUGAAAGGAUAAUUGGUGGAGUGGUUGAAGCCUUCUUAACAACUUCCGCGUUUGACUGAGGUUCGGCAGCGAUUCUGAAGUCUUCUCAAAGGAAAAGACGUUGAUCUGUUUUCGAAACUCUAAAAGUUGGACUCUCUCUUUCUGUUCUCUGUUCUUCAGUGCCUCUUCUCCUCGUGUCCAACCUGAAAACAAUUCGACCUCAUCCCUCUUCUUUCCGUUCCCCUCAUCAAUCCAUCAUUCCGUCUUCUUCUUCUUCUUCCUUUCGACCGGUUCCCCACGUUUUUCCGGCCAACUCGAAGGAACAGUUGUUUUAAGAAAUCAUUCUUUAGACAAGCUUCAAGGACUCUUCAGACGCUGCGCGUUUUUGAGUGAGUGUGAGGUGUUCUUGUCGGUGUCUAAAAAAGGCGCGGUCCCCGGAAAAAAGAGCCUGCUCCUCUAGUGCUCACUUUCUCGGCUCCUUCUCCGUUUCGCGCGUGCCCACCAUCAUCUGCUUCGGCAUGUGCCGUCAUUUUCUCUGCUCCUCUGUCUCUUCGUCUUUUGUGAUCCCUCGUCGGCGUCCCAUCAGACGAGGGCUCUUUUUUUCUCAACCGACACACACACACACACACACACCGCCGGCCGGCCGCCCCGGUUGUUUUGUUUUUUUCUUCUUCUCCGUUUCCUCUCUGUCUCCUUUCCAUCUUCAUCAUCAUCCUCAUUCUUCUUCUUUUCCUUUUUUAGUCUCCGUCGAUGUGUCGUCGGCUCACUUUUGCUCGAAUCAUCAUCAUCUCACGGUCUUGUCAUUUUUUGGACUCUUUUCCCUUCCCCUCCAUCAUUAUGACACGCGGCGCCCGCUGUCUGCUCACUCCACAACAAUUUUUCUUUUGUUUACCUCCUCUCGUUUUCCACGCAAUUCGUGGCUUUGCCCACACCCCAAAAAGGUUCCGAUUUCAUUCGCCGUCUAGUGUAGUCGUUGUCUCCGUGGUCGUCGUCUGAAAACCUGAUGGAGGAUGAUCCAAAAUCCGUAGUUAAGAAUGUUUUUCUCCUUUUUUUUCGAAAUUUUCAGUAUUCUGAAUCGUGUUUAGUGAUUCAAAAAGUUUUUCCUCAAACUAUCAAUUUUGAUAACCUUCAAGCUACCGUAAUUCGUCGUUCACGAAUUCUCAGAAGUCUAGGCAUAAUCUUCUAUUGAUGGCGGCUUUCUAAAAAGCGGAUUUCCGCUAGCUCAUCCUCAUCCGGACUGAUUUCCGACACGUUCGGUGACUGAAAAUAGUGGAACAAAAAGAUGUUUUCCGACCGGCCGCCGAACACCAGAAAAGCAAUUAUGCGAACGGAAAUUAGAUUGUCGAGCAGAGCUGACCAAAAGGUCCUGCUCUUCUUUUUUCCGUUUGACGUGCCCAUUCUGAUUCUGGCGGCAUAACUGAAAGAAUGUGUGCAAAGUGUUUUCUGUUUUAAAAACGGAAAAAGCGGGUACCUUCUUUUUUUUCGGAAAAAAAUUUGGAAUAAAGCGAACUCUGAAACUGUUCAUGUCUCCAAAUUGAAGGCCUAGUUAAAAUGAGCCGAAAUCCAUUCCGCUUUGACAUUUGCAUAACCUUUCAACUGGCAUGAAUACCUGCGAGUCUCCAUGGGAACCAGAAAUGCCGCACUCAACAAUGCUCCGUGAGCACGGAACCUAAUUAUUGCUCACCAGAAAGGAAACUGGUGCACUUGGAGGUCGGUGUCCGAUUUUUGAGUCCUUCCGUGUUGAUCCCUAGAGCUUUUUCCUGUUGCAAUUUUCCUCAAAACUCAUUAAAUUGCUAUAAUUGGAAUGUUACCUUUCCCGUCGCCUUCCGACACGAAAAUGUUUGACCUCUAACCUCUGAGCCCCUUUCUUUCCGCUUUCCGAAUCGUUUAUUUUGCUCUUACCAAAGCCAUCAGACUCAUUCGAAGCGUGAAGAAAGUCGCCGUGGGAGGGCUUUCUCGUUUUAUUCUCGACCUUUUUUUCUGCCGGCGUGUCCCUGCGCGUGUGUACGUACACUUGUAAUGAUGACUGACGACGACGUGUACUUUUCAUCUCGCAAAAGAGAUCUAUUUUCGAGCUGCCAGAGAGCUUUGAGCCCCCAAAGGGCUCAAGGUGACUGGCAAGUUGCCAAACUCUUGUCGCCUUCCGCGCCCUCCAUGAUCUCCGCCACUAAUCGGCGGGCUAGUAAAACCCCACGCAGAGCAAGUCUAUAUUACUUACGGGGCGCACGCACACACGGAAAGACACACGCGGCAACGGCGGCCCCACGCGUUUUACCGCGUUUAUUUGCCUUUUGUCAAGCACUCUUGCACAUUUUGGCAGGGGGCGCCGUGUGCUGAUCAUCACCUCCUCCUCCCCUCCUCCGCCGGCUGCUCCUGCUCCGCCGAGCCAAGAGUCGUUCUCUGCGAUAACCUGCCCGAAUCCGCUGAAUGCAGAAACACAGAGUUUCCGUGCUCAUUUCAACAAGCACUUCACCUCUGCCCCCGGGAGAGAGAUAGAGAGAGAGGGACACAGCUCUCUGCAGCUGCGACCAGUUCUUCUUCUUCUUCUUCUUUCUCUUUUUGCUCCGUGUUCUCUGCCCUUUUCACCUUCAAACAAUGGCAAUGUUUCGAACCGCGCCACCAAAACCAUUGAAAUCCGAUCCGUGUGUACCGAUUGGCUCCACUUGUCUGUGAUACCUUUUCCGUCUUGUUCUGGGCCCAUGUCUCUUGUUAGCAAAUACGGGCUUGUGUAUAUGGAUCUGAGAUUUGGAUCAAAACACACCUGUGCCACCCACUCUCUCCUUGCUUUUCAUUUAUUCAAUUGGCCAACCUGUUAUGUUGUUAUCUCAUGUGGCUGUUUGACAGCAACUCUUUGUUUAAUUUUUUACAAGAACAGCUCGUGAAUUGCUACUUGAUUCUCUGGAGUGGCUUUAGCUUUAGACAGCUAUUUUCAAAAUUCAGCGUGUGAACUUUUCUCGUCCCUUCUCUGUCAGCUCUUCAAACUUUGUAAGCAACCGACAGCUCUUCAAAUACAUUCUAUAAACGUUCAUUCUAAACGCUCAUCCGUUUUGAACCGUAACCCUUCAUUUUCCGUUCCGUUUCUCUCUACCGUAUCGAACCUCAUCGACAAAUUCAAGAAGUAUCCGGUCUCCGUGCUCGAUCGCCGCCGCCUCUCCCCUCGGAUGACCUACGCCGAGUCGACUCGAUCCGCCGUCGUCUACUCGUCGAUCGUGCCGCCGCCUCGCACGCCCGUCGGACCGUCCAUGUUGAAAGAUGGCGUGCGGAAAGGCUCCGCGUCCGCUUCCGCACUGCCGCUCCAGCCGAAGAACGGCACGAACAGUCUAGACUUUUGGAGUAAAUCGGAGGACGAAAAGUCGGGAAUCACCUGCUACUACAGUCGUCACAACAUUCAGUUUCCCUCGCAAAGACAGAUAAAUCGGAUGAAACAGACGCCUGGAAGGCCUACGAUGACCGGUUUCCCCACCACCUCCACAGCGCCUUCUUCUCCGCAACAGAACGGCAACGGCAACGGCGGCGCGAUUCGGUAUCCGCCGUUUCCGCAAACGCAGCCCGAAGCUGUGAUGAGUCCGCCAGUUGGAAUCUAUCGGAAUGUGCCCGCAAUGCCACGCGCGAAACUUGCAAAAGAGGAGAAGAACGGGAAAAGUCGGACGGGAGAAGAGAAUGGGCCACCGAAGAACGUCGUCUGGGGAGGAAACUCGGGCAGGCGGGGUGGGGACGAUGAUGGCGGAGCGGCCACGUCGGCCACCAUGCCUUUGAAUCCGUACAACGGCAACGGUAAGCACACAGACUGCCAGAAUGAAAAUGACAAAUGACAAUAAAAAAUAAAUGAUUCGAAUUGCCAAAUUAAACAAUUUGCAGCAUCAUGUGAGAAGAAGCGAUCGACGGCAAGACGGAAACCGAGAUGGGCCCGUUGUAUGCAAACGCUCUUCUGUUGUGUGACUCCUCCCAGAGAGAUUGGUGAGUUGAUCGGAAAAUUCAGAAUACUUAGAGAGGUUUCGCCUUCAUAUUUUCUUUGAUAUUUCUCAGUGUUCCAGUAUUUAUUACACCCCUCCCGCUCCCCCAUCCUCUCCUCUUCCCUCGCCGAUCGCUCCCUUCUUCCGCCCAUCAAAAACUUCUUCUCCGGAACCCCCGCACCUUUCGCACUCGAUCGAUUCACUGUGUCCUCGCUGCUUUCGAAAUUUCCAACAACCUCCUCUGCCAAUAUUUUUCGCUUCACAAACGCGGCGGCGCAACUUGUCGAGCGACGGCAAAGUGAGUUCAGGCGGCGGCAGAGGGCUGCUGGUUUUCUGGACUGGUUCGCAAAUAAUCGUUCGCCCCGGCAACCCUCGGGCGGUUUUAAUGUGUCACACGCGCUCAAAACUUUUUGAACUCACGAUGUUUGCACGUGAGAGAGCGGCACAGCAAGCACUUGCUUAUGCGGAAAAUAAGGAUGGGCGGAGGGGAUUAGGCAGUCGAAAAUGAGGGUGGAAGUGGAAAGUGGUCGAGUAGAAAUUGGGCUCCAAAGUUUGGAAUUCAGAUUACGGUACUUCAAAUCUCAAGAUCACAGUUCCACUGACCGCUCUCCAAAAAUCACGCCACCUGUCCCAGUCUGUCCCCUAGACACUUGUCGAUCAUUUCGCCCAAAAAUAUCACCCGAAGAGUCGAAUUUCACGCUCACAAAACGUCCAUAUCUUCCUCUUCUUCUUCUUCAAAUUUUCGUGAUGGUGCCGAUCGGUGCCUAGGGGGAUCCAAGUGGGUGACUCUUUGAUUCUUGAACUGCGAUUACUCUUCUGUGGGAGUUUCGAGAGAAAUCCCAUUACAAUCUUUCGGCGCAUAAGAAACAGGGACAGCUGGCGAUCACUGAUCCAAAACUCGCAAACCUCGCGAUCAGACUCCAAUCGGGUCCGCUUUUUGCAGAGAAGAUACAAUCAAAUCAGCGAACGAGCAGCACCACCACCACCAACAACAUUCAGAAUGGCCGAUCGUCGACGCCGACGAACAACGGACCGCCCAUUCAACUCAUCACGCAGGUAUCGCCGGAAAGUCAUGUUUCGGACGAUCACGAUUGGCUUUUCAGGUACAUCGCGACGGAACGGUGACCGGAUUGCCGACGGUUCCGCAGAACGGCAGUGGAGACGGACCGACUCCGUACGAGAAAAUUGCCAAUGAAUCGGUAAGGAAUUUAGAGGAUAUUCUAUGGGAACAGAAUUAUAUUCCGCAGUCGUUUUCCGUAAAGUAGAAAGCUCUUUCGCUGUUUUUGUUUCAUUCGUCUGUCCUGUCAGUCACUUUGCACGGCCUCACGAGGUGGUUUGAUAGCUCUCAUCAAAUGGCUUCUGAACUCGCGUCGACCUUUCGCCUCUCCUUAGGAUUGCUUCUUCAAACGCUUCCUCUCUUCGUCGUUCUUCUUCUUCAUGAAAACAAUUGGCAGGCGGAGCGCCGGCGGCUCAGGUGUGCUUUGCCCCCAUCUUCACUCAUAACAGUUUUGUUUCAUCUAUCUCUCUCACUGGCUCACUCAGUCAGUCAGUCAGCCAGCCGGAAGGAAGAGAAGCUGAGUGCACUGGAUGUGUGUGUAAUACCUUUUCUCUUCUUCUUAUUCGCCUUCGUUUUCCUCCCAUUCACAUUCUUUUUGCUCUCUUCUCCGAGCAUUUCGUGACCUCAUUCCGCCACCGCAGUUCUAUGCUUCGGCUCUUCGUUUUCUGAUUUAUUCGUUCUCGACACUUCUAGUUCCUCUUAGUUUAAACCUCUAGGCCUUCAAGCUGAAAAUGAGAGAAAAAGAGCGGGUGAAACGGAAACGGUUAAUGUUUCAAGACGAGCUCGACUAUCGGCUAAACUAUCGAGAACUGAUCGAAUGGAAGCCGGGCAGAACGCCGUCGGCUCUCGAAAUCAUUGAAUUAGGACUGCUACAUUGUGGAAAGGUUAAUAUCAGAGAAAACGUUGAGAUUUAGAAAUGACACGCCUUUGAAAUCUCAACAAAUACCUCAUUUUGCAGGUCUCGAUCAACGAGAAGCCGCUUCUUCCGCCGCUCCUCCCGCAGGACACGAACAAAAAGUGUCUGGUGAUUGAUUUGGAUGAGACACUCGUGCAUUCUUCGUUCAAGGUGAGUCCCAAUUUCUCCUCUUCCACCGACAACAGCAGGUCACACAUUUUGAACCCAUGUGGAAUGUGCUGCUGACGUUCCCUUCUCCAAACAACAACUGGUCCCUUUUCAGCCCGUGAAGAAUCCGGACUUUGUGAUUCCGGUCGAAAUUGACGGCGUCGAGCAUCAGGCGUACGUGCUGAAGCGACCGUAUGUCGACGAGUUCCUCGCCAAAGUCGGCGAGCACUUUGAGUGCGUUCUCUUCACCGCCUCGCUGGCCAAGGUACGCUCGACAGAGAAAGGCGUUCGCGAAACAAUCUUUUUUUUAGUACGCGGAUCCGGUGGCCGAUUUGCUCGACAAAAAGAAGGUGUUCAGGUCGAGACUGUUCCGCGAAGCAUGCGUGUUCCACAAGGGUAACUAUGUGAAAGGUCAGUCGGAAUGCUGUAGAAAAGGGAAUGCUAAUCUGAACUUGAACUUUCAGACUUGAGCCGUCUCGGAAGAAAUCUGAGCCAGACCCUGAUCAUCGACAACUCGCCCGCCAGUUAUGCAUUCCACCCGGAGAACGCGGUACGCUCAAUUUCAACUCAAAAUUAGUAUAUUUUUGUCGGUUUUUCAGGUGCCAGUUACGACGUGGUUCGACAAUCCGGCAGACACGGAACUCAUGGAUAUUCUGCCGACGCUGGAUCACUUGAACGGGGUGAGUAGGCCGAAAGACUCCAACUCGGUCAUAGAUUUCCGAAAAUCAUCUAUAAUUUUUCAGUUCUCGAGCAUCUACGACCUGUACCGUCCGGAAGAAGGUCCGCAAUCGGAGUUGCUCAACCACUGUUCCUGCUGA